AUGAAAAAACAUUUAAUUCCAAAUGUAAUAAAUCACGUAAAUAAACCAACAACGGUUUAUUGUGGAGUAGACCCAACAGCUUCAAGUUUACAUCUAGGAAAUCUAUUAGCUCUUAUCAGUUUAUUUCAUUUUAAUAUUUUAGGUCAUCGUACAAUAAUUUUGAUCGGCGGUGCAACUGGUUCAAUUGGUGAUCCGUCAGGACGUAAUACUGAACGAUCACCGUUAUCAUCAUCUAUUGUCGAAAAUAAUGUUCUCGCAAUUGAUCGACAGUUACGAAAGUUUUUUGAUAAUGGCAGUAAUUAUGCGUUAAGACGAGGAUUCAUUAUUGAAAAUGAAAAUAAUAAUGUGAUAAUUAAAAAUAACUUAGAAUGGUUUCAAAAAAUGACAGCGCUUGAUCUAUUAAAUGAUAUAGGAAGAUAUCUCCGUGUGGGAACAAUGCUAUCCAAAGAUAGUGUCAAAUCAAGAAUGGAGAACGAAGGUGGAAUAAGCUUUACUGAAUUUUCAUAUCAAUUAUUGCAAGCUUAUGACUUUUGGUAUUUGUAUAAUUAUCAUGAUUGUCAAAUUCAGUUAGGAGGGAGUGAUCAAUGGGGAAAUAUUACUGCUGGAAUCGAUUUAAUACAAAAAAAGAAGAUAACUAAUUCAAUUAACUUAACUGAAACUAAUUAUAAAGAAAUUAUUGAUAACAAAAAGUCAAAGGAUGCAUUUGGUAUCACUAUACCUCUAUUAUUAACAUCCUCAGGAGAGAAAUUUGGCAAGUCCGCAGGAAAUGCAAUUUGGUUAGAUGACAAAAUGACCAGCACUUACGAAUUUUAUCAACAUUUUGUGAAAGUUGCGGAUACUGAUGUAGAAAAAUAUCUACAAAUGUUCACAUUUUUGAAAGACGAAGAAAUAUCUCAAAUUCUCAAAACGCAUUUUGAAUCUCCAGAGAAACACUAUGCACAAGAAAAAUUGGCGUCGGAAAUUACAGAAAUGGUUCAUGGAUUGAUAGGCCUCAAAAAAGCUCGACUUGCUACCAAUAUUAUGUUUGGUACACCAAUAAAGGACUUGUGCGGUCAAGAUAUAGUUGAAGCUUUUGAGAAUGACACUCAACUUUUAACCACAGUCAAUCGUAAUGGAAUUCUUAAUUGUUCAAUUGAUCGUGUUGCAGUUUCUGCUGGUGCAUGUAAAUCGCGCACUGAGGCAAAUAAAUUAAUUAAAUCUGGUGGAUUUUAUUUAAAUAAUGAACGAGUAAAAGAUCCUCAACAUAAAUUAGUAGAAAGUGAUCUGUUAGAUGGAAUAUUAUUUAUAUUUAGAACGGGUAAAAGUAAUUAUCGUUUAGUAAAGGUUAUAGGCUAA